UCGGGCAUCGCCUUCUCUAGUUCUUCUUGUAGGUUUCGCAAUUCGCAGGUUACAAAGUGAACAACAAGUUUUCUUGACCUCCCUAUCUCAAAAUUAAAACACAAGGAACAAGGAAUAUUUCAUCAAGCUUUGUGAAUUGAGAUGGAUAGGUUUGUCACAAGAACGAAUAUUGGGCAACCAAGUUCUAGUUCUACUAAUCCAUCUAUUGCUUCAGCCAUAGCUCCGGAAAUUUAGAGGGACACAUUUCUUUCUGAUCUUGAUUUAGAAUCUCUCAACGCUGAUCCGGGAGAUAGAAAGCCUAUUACAGAAUACAACCCUAUAUACGUGAUGAAGUUAGAAGACAUUGUAUUCAAAAAAAGCCUUGUCAGCUUGCGAAUCAUGAUUUUCCUAAAACUAAGUUUGGGAAGAUAAUGCGUCAGUUUUGUCCUGUUGGUUUAAGGGUCAACAUUCUAAGUGGUUGGAAUACAGUAUAUCAAAAGAUGCUGCAUAUUGUUUGUGUUGUUACUUGUUCAAAAAUGAACAUGAAAGUCAUGGAAAUACGGGAGAUGCUUUUACAAAAAAUGGCUUUAAAGCUUGGAACAAGGCUAUUGAAAGAUUUAAAGCUCAUGUUGGAGAAGUAAAUAGCAUCUAUAACAAGUGUUUCAAUAGGAUGAUUGAUUUAAUGAAUCAAUCACAAUCAAUUCGCACUUAUUUUGACAAACAAUCCGAGAAAGAAAAAAGUGAGUCUCGACGUCGCUUAAGUGCUUCAAUCGAUGUGGCAAGAUUUCUUUUGAGACGAGGUUUGCCAUUUCGUGGGCAUGAUGAGAGUCAAUCUUCUACAAAUAGAGGUAUUUUUCUUGAGCUUUUGCAAUGGUAUGGGGAUAUUGAUCGGGAUGUUGGAAGCAUUAUAUUAGAAAAUGCUCCAAGAAAUGAAAUGAUGUGUUCUCCAAGUAUUCAAAAAGAUAUUGUUGAUGCUUGUGCUAAAGAAACAGUCAAAGCUAUCAUUGAAGACAUGAAUGGGGAUUUUUUCAGGAUACUAGUUGAUGAAUCAAAAGAUAUAUCACACAAGGAGCAAAUGGCACUUGUUUUGAGAUAUGUUAACAAAGAAGGCGAAGUCAUAGAGAGAUUUGUUGGUAUUGUUCAUGUUAGUAAUACAUCGGCUAUGUCAUUAAAAAAGGCAAUCUGCUCUUUUCUUUCUAAUCACUCAUUAAGUCUAACGCAAAUACGUGGGCAAGGUUAUGAUGGGGCUAGUAACAUGCAGGGAGGGCUAAAUGGUGUUAAGACUUUAAUUUUGAAUGAGUCUCUAUCAGCAUAAUGCAUUCACUGUUUUACCCACCAAUUGCAAUUAACACUUGUGGCUCUUGCAAAGAAGCAUUCAGAUGUAGAUGACUUUUUUUGUAUAGUUACUAAUGUCUUAAAUAUUGUUGGAGCAUCUUUUAAGCGCAGGGAUUUGCUUCGAGAACAUCAAGCUGAAAAGUUAGAAGAGUUGCUCAAAU